GGCAACAAACUGAUCCUAUAAGAAUUCCGUAUUUCCUUUCCCUAAAAAUUCCCAAUUACCCUUUGCCGCAUGGGUAAUCUUCUAUGUCUGAAAUAGACAUACGAGUAGUUAUUCCUAAAAUGAAGAUACGAAGCUUCAAAAUUGUGUGUACACUACUUUCACUAGAAAUAGUUUUAGCUACAGAACCAAAUACAAACAAUUUUGCCGUAGAAGAAGGAUCUACGAGAAUUUUAUCCAGACGGAAAAGGUUCCUGAUUUUUCCUGAUGGCAGCUCGUUUCAGUUAGUAUUCUGCGCCCAAAAUCAAGGUUACCUACAAGUGGGCGACAUUGUGUGGUUUGGCAACACCGCUGCAUUAGCGUGGGAGCUGCCCACGGACCCAGAUUUACUCCUCAAACUCAAGAAACACGACAAAUUAUUCACCGCACAGAACAGGAACGGCGUUUCUAAGCUGUUAUACUACUUGGACGAGAAGGGAAACGUCCUUUCUAAAGUCCCUUAUCGAAAGAGACCCAUUGUAAAUCCAGCGUUUGCUAAGCGAAGUGUGGAUGAACAUUUGCAUGGAGUAGAGGAGUAUAAUACAACAACAAUUCAAGAGCUGCAUACAAAACAGAAAAAUAUGAGAAUUUUUGAUGGUCUUGACGACGACGCUAUCAAUUUUCAUAGAGAAGGACGGCAAAGUCUUUAUGGACCUUUGGAAACGUUCAUUCAAGCACUGGGGUGGACGGGGAAAGAAUGCCUCUUACGUCUGCUAUGCGAGACGGGAAAGGGUGGUGCAGACCAAGGCACGUUUUUAGAAGAAAUCUUUAGAGCCACUUUUACCCACCAUAUAAACGGCCGGGCCUGUAUUUUGAGAUGCAUCUGCGAAGCUAAGAGUUACUUAGCUCCACCAGGAAAGUCUCUUGUGCACGACCUGCUAAGAGUUAUAUUUACAGCACCAGUGCAUGAAAAGGAGUUCAAUGAAGAAGUAGGAGACGUAUACAGUGAAGUUUUGGACCCAGACUUUUGUGACGAAGUGAACGAUUGUCCUAUUUCGCUGCUGAAUUUCGUUUUGACUUUGAAUAAAAUGAAGUAUUGAGUGUUUUAUAUACCUAUACAAUGAAAUAUGAUAUUUGAAAAAAUGAACAAAAGGAAAAUUGAGUUGAAUUUAAAAUAUGGGCUCUAGGAUUAUAUCUCAUCAAUGUUUAAUUAAUUUAA